AUGUUACUGGACGUGGUGAACAACGUGGUCCUGCACGUGGAGCCUGAGAGACGACGAGCGCUGGAGAGGCGAGCGAGGAUGAGGUUCCAGCUACAGCUGCACAGGGACACAGACCCCAGGCACCUCAUACACAAACUACAGACACAGGUCAGAGAAUCUCUAGCGAGGCUGCGGCGGCUUGAAAAGGAAUAUUACCUAAAGAACCGCUCCAUCAACGGAGACGAUCAGGUCGCGUUGGCCGAACUGAAAGCUCUUGAUAAUCAGGUGAACGAGUGUAAGGAGGCAGCGUGGUCUUUGGGCGAGGAGCUGGACGCGAUGGUCCGCGCGUGGCGCGAGGUCCGUAGCUUAUCAGCCCCGCCGGCCCCGCACCACGCCGCGCCGCACCGCCUCAACGACAUCUGCUUCAAGAGCGCUCGCUGGCGGCUCACGGACGCGGACGGCCAGCUGGGCAUCGCGGACCUGCUGCUCACUAACUUCCUCUACACCAAGACCUCGCGCUCCGACGACUCCGUGGAACAUCAGCUGGAAGUGGGAUACGUGCGGGUCACCAACCUCCUGCCCAACGAGCCCCUUCCCCUGAGGUGUUGGCCCCCCAGGAGGCGUCAGGUCGCGCCCCGGUCGCUCGCCGCGCCGCGCUGCGUGUGUUCUGUAGAGACCGGCCGCCUGUUGGAGGAAAUCUCUGUCAAGGAACAUUUCGAGGUCAACAUAGUGCCCAUACGGAUAGGGUUGACAAAGAAGUUUUUCAACACGAUGCUGAAGUUUUGCUUCCCCGAGCGCGACCCUGACGCCAUCGAGGACGGUGAUGAAGAAGGAGAAGGAAGCGGCACCAUGAGGAGCUCCAGCGGGAAGAAGAACAAGAAGAAGGGGAAGGACUCCAACUCAAACUUCUACGUGAAGAGAGAUAAGAAGGACAAAGACGACGAACGCGCGGAGAAAAACAAGCUGUUCAUCUACAUAAAGAUCCCAGAGGUGCCGGUACGGGUGUCGUACAAGGGCAGCAAGGAGAAGAACCUGGAGGACGUGCGGGACCUGCCGCUGGUGCUGCCCACGCUGGAGUACCACAACGUGACCUGGACCUGGCUCGACCUGCUGCUGGCCACCAAGACCGACACCAGGAGGGUGAUAGUGUCGCAGGCCAUACGUCAGAAGCUUCAACUCCACCGCCGGCCCGCGCCGCCGCCCGCGCCUCUUGAGGAGGACAAAGGCGCGCCUGUUACUGGGAGACAGAACUGGUGGUUUAUACGGGAAAUCAUCAGUCUAUGUUUGGAUUUACUGUCCAGAGUCAUGUGGACCGGUGAUAGAAAGAUAGGCAUAAAUGGUAAUUGUGAAGGUUGCGCGGCGUUGCUGGCUCAGUCCAAGGAGUUUUAUCAUACAUGA